AUGUCAGAUCAACCCUCAUUUUUUCAUCCUUCCCCGCAAUUGUGCAAACACUGCAAGGUUAUUCCAUGGCCACGAGACAUACGCUAUGAAACUCAGAGUAGUCCGUUUCCUCAUCACAGAAUCUUCGACUCUCUCCAAAGCUCAGCUGAUGCGGGUUGUAUCGUUUGUCAAUACUUCUGGUUGCGUAUAAUCUCGAUGCUUGUGGAUCGACGAACCACACUACCAUCUGGCAAGACUCCGUUGCAUUUCUAUAUCCGCGUGCUAUAUGGCAAACGUGUGGGCAUAUUAGUAGAUGUAGGAGAGGCAGUCGGUCAUGAUUGUCUUCAUAUGUGGUUCCUCGAGCCCAACACUGCCGAAGAGAAAAUUCUAGAGAAACCGGAAUCUCGACAUAUCAAACAAUUUUCCCAAGGAGAAGCCUUGGAGGAUCUCGAAGAUUUGGUCAAGACGCAAAUUCAGCCUUGGAUUGAAGCCUGUUAUAAUCGCCGAGAAAAUCAUGAGAAUUGUGGCCGUACAAUUGAUACGAAUAUCUUGCCAACUCGCCUCAUUGAUGUGGGAACUAUGAAUAACGAAAGCGUUCGGCUCAUCACAACAAUGGAUUCCAUGGAACCCUCCAAAUAUUCAUACUUGAUUCUCAGUUAUUGCUGGGGUAGAGGAAACGACGUUGCAAAAACGACAACAGGGAAUCUUGAGGAUCGUCUACGCAGCUUAGAUAUUGCUUACCUUCCUAAGACCAUACAAGAUGCAAUAAUUUUGACUAGAAUGAUGAACAUCCGUUAUCUAUGGGUCGAUGCAAUUUGCAUUAUCCAAUCCUCAGAGAACGAUAACUAUAGCGAAUUCCAAACGGAGGCGAGUAGAAUGCGAGAUUACUACACCAACGCUCAGUGCUGUAUAGCUGCGUCAGUUGCUAAUGAUGCAGCGGAAGGAUUUUUGAGAGAAAGGCUGCUUGGGCGAUACCCAAUCCAAUCCAUUUUUCUAACCUACGCAGGUAUUGUUGGUCCAGAUCGGCAAUCUAUAACACUGCAGUCAAAAGAGAACGUCGCGACAUUGAGGAAUGUUAUUGAUGAAUCGCCACUAUCAAAACGCGGGUGGUGCUUACAGGAACUUUCGCUUCCACCACGUGUACUUCAUUGGACUUCUAAUGGGCUAUACUGCGAAUGCCAAUCUUCCUACUUUCUAGAAGGAAGUCCCAAGAAGUGGGAGACGUAUGAUUAUGCCGCUACUGCUACUCCUCGAGAUAUUCUAGCCAUGCCUAACGACAAACUCUUAACCCACGAUGGCUGGCAUCGCUUACUUCAGCGACUUCAGGUUGAAUAUUUUAAUGGCGUGUUCCGGCCAUAUCUUGCUCAAGGGCUUGCAUGGAACUACUCCCCUAGAGGUCCUUACGAUACAUUGCCGGAUGUAUCUGUAGAACCUAGGGACGAACGUUUUCCUACUUGGUGCUGGGCCUCAAAUGGACCGGUUCAGUUUUCAGAUAUCCCUACAGGUGACUCGCACUCACAUAUUCAUGAUGUUCAUCCACAUACGUUCCCUUCGUCUCCAGGAAACACCAACUUGACCGACGUCAUCGAGUCGAAGCUUCACAUCAAAGCUCCAGUAAUCCAAGUCGACCUGGUUUAUGAACCUUGGAAAUCAUUCCCUCCUUCAGGGAACGUUAGUAUUAAUUGCGAUGGUAGGGAACAAUUAGAUCAUUACUUUUGGGUAUGGCUUGAUAAUCAGCUUGGAUCAAAUCAUUCGACGGCCACCAACAUACUACAUAAUGCUAGUCAUGAUACAUUGCUCAAAGGGGUCACUGUCCAGGUACUACUUCUCGGAGGACGGCAAUCUCACACGCAUUUUGGAUUACUGUGGCUACCAACAUUGGUCUCCUACUCUCCAGACAAAGCUUUCUUCUCACAAACCAUUUGUUUCUCGGUCAGGGCCAAAUACAACUACUCAUCGCAUUCUGGUGCUCCCCCAGGCCGGAUACCCCAUUUUGUUCCACAAAAGAAAAACUGUGAAGAAUCCAACACCAUGUCAGCCAACACAACUGCCUCACAACACAAUGGCAUGGAGUUUCUCAAGGGUGUUGAUACUGCUGACAAGAAGAUUCAAGUUAACACGACUCCACCUCUCCCGAUAAGAAAAUAUCAGUCUAUCACUGGAAACACCAAAACACUCCAUAGAUUCGGCGAAUUCCCUCGAGAGAUACAGAUUAAGAUCUUCAAACUCGCACUUCCUGACCCGCGCAUUGUCUAUCUCAGACUUGAAAUCAUAUUUUCGAAGCAUGAAGAAGGAAUUACCUGGGUCUAUGCGAGCUCGGGUAGAACCAGGGCGUCGGGCCUGUUAUCUUUACUUGAAACAUGCACAAUAUCAAAUGCCUCAGUCUAUUCUGGAGAUGGGUUUACUAAGGCCAAGCUUGAGCCUCUGGGUAGUCGCCCGCACACGGCCAACAAGCAGCAUCUUGGUACGGAUCACUAUUUCGGCUACAAGAACUGGGGCGAUAAGGUUCUCAACUAUACUUAUAUGCGACCUACUGAAGAUAUUCUUGUGGUGAAUUAUGAUUUACUAAGCUGUUUGUAUGGUCAUAACGGAUCACUCAAUCUCGAGAAGCUUACCCAUAUUGCCGCUGUUGAACGAUGUCUAUUCGUGAUGCCCAUGUCUCAAGAGACUCAGUGUUAUUGGAAUAAAGACGAGCGUCAAGUCCCGUCUCAAGAGGCAGAUGAUAGCUAUCGAGUGUUGGAGAUAAUACUGAAAGCGCGAUAUCUUUUCGACAGACACUUUGACUCAUAUCGCAGAGAAGUAGAGGAAGAAGGAAACAAAGAUGCUAUCGAAUACUGGAAGAAGGUCGAGGUAGUCAAUGCUUUACAUUGCUAG